AUGGAGCAGGGUCUGAGGGACUGCUGUAGGUCCAUCCGCAUGGAGCAGGGUCUGAGGUCAUCGCAUGAGGGUCUGAGGUCCAUCCGCAUGGAGCAGGGUCUGAGGGACUGCUGUAGGUCCAUCCAUGGGGAGCCAUGGAGCAGGGUCUGAGGUCCAUCCGCAUGGAGCAGGGUCUGAGGUCCAUCCGCAUGGAGCAGGGUCUGAGGGACUGUGUAGUCCUCCCGUAGGUAGGUCUGAGGUCUCGCAUGGAGCAGGGUCUGAGGUCCAUCCCAUGGAGCAGGGUCUGAGGACUGCUGUAGGUCCAUCCGCAUGAGCAGGUCUGAGGGACUGCUGUAGGUCCAUCCAUGGCAGUCAGACUCUGCCCCAUGGAGCAGGGUCUGAGGUACUGGCGGUAGGCCAUCCACAUGGAGCAGGGUCUGAGGCUCUAGUCCAUCCCAUGAGCAGUCAGGGUCUGAGGUCCAUCCCAUGGAGCAGGGUUCUGAGGUCCAUCCGCAUGGAGCAGGGUCUGAGGGACUGCUGUAGGUCCAUCCGCAUGGAGCAGGGUCUGAGGGACUGCUGUAGGUCCAUCUGCAUGGAGCAGGGUCUGAGGUCCAUCCACAUGGAGCAGGGUCUGAGGGACUGCUGUAGGUCCAUCCGCAUGGAGCAGGGUCUGAGGGACUGCUGUAGGUCCAUCCGCAUGGAGCAGGGUCUGAGGGACUGCUGUAGGUCCAUCCGCAUGGAGCAGGGUCUGAGGGACUGCUGUAGGUCCAUCCGCAUGGAGCAGGGUCUGAGGUCCAUCCGCAUGGAGCAGGGUCUGAGGUCCAUCCGCAUGGAGCAGGGUCUGAGGGACUGCUGUAGGUCCAUCCGCAUGGAGCAGGGUCUGAGGGACUGCUGUAGGUCCAUCCGCAUGGGGAAGAUCCUGAUCCAGAGUGAUGAAGAGACCCAGGAGGCUAAGGUCUACUAUGCUAAGUUCCCCCCAGACAUAAACAGGAGGAAGGUGCUGCUCAUGUACCCCAUACUGAGUAAGUAAAAACAUCCUGCUCUGUCAAAGGGGAAGAUAUUACAGAUGGCUUGAAUGUUAGGGGCAUUUCUCCUAAUCCUGGAGUUUUUUCAGCAAAUAGUGAAAAAAUAGCAUGUCGAAAACCACAAGUUAAUUUUUUUGGGUGAACAUGUCAUCAUUAACUUUAGACAAACACAUUGGAACCAGUAGCAGAUCAAAUUCAGUCAGUCAAUCAAUCAGUCAAACUCCACACCCUCAUUGCCCCAGCAGAUUAGGACCAUUUCUGGUCCCAUAACAGACAAAAAUACAAUUUGUGGUGGUUUUAACCUCUUAAAUGUAAUAACCCUAUUAGAUUUGUUUUAUUCAAUUCAGUCUGGUAUGAGAACGGUAGCACCUAUCUGCAAAAAGCAGGGUGUCUGCAGAAAGCUGAGUAUCUUGGCUAUUGAUCGGUACCUUCAAACCUUAGGUAUGACUUACUACCAUGUAUGGGCAUACGAAUGUAUAAAGACAGGCCGAGCCGAUGACCUCAUUUCAAUACGGCUGCUACCUACAUUCCGGUUAGUGUUGUGAAGCAUAAAGGAAAUAAACACGGACUACGUUGAUACACACCGAACGCCGCGACUCCACAGAUCACGAGGAGGUCUUAUUUGUCUGCCUGUGACCUGCCGUUAUUGAUCACCAGCCCCGAGAGUCAAAAUGUUUAUUUUACACAACGUUUCACCAAACAGCAAACAUCUUACAAGGUAAGCUUCGAUUUGGUCUGUGUUUGAGCUAUAGCUACAUGGGGGGUAUGAAAUUAAUCCUUAGAUUGGUAGGAACACAUCUAACCUAUUGCCAAUGUUAUCUGAUGAUGUAUGACUUAAUGGCAACAUCGAAUGUCCACCGAGUGACUAUACCUUUGUGCAUCAACAAUAUGACGUUGCCUGCUUACGCGCUGAAGGCAUCCAUUACACAGGGGAUUGGCUACUAUGGCACCUUGACAGUCUUGUAGCCAAUGAGAUAAGCUUUCCAGGGAUAUGCAGUUGACCUGGGUGGGACAAAGCAAGGCCUAGAACCCAAGGCCUAGAACCUGCGUAAUGCGAACUAUUGCUACCUGGCUCAAUUACAUUGUCAACAGAUUUCAUCGCUUUAAUUUCCUCUCUUUAGCUUCUCAAGGGGGUGUAAAAACUAAGGCUAUCGAACAGGAAGCUAAAAAGAAGGCAGCUAUGAAUAAUUAUACCGACAUAGAAGCUUUGAAUAAAAUACUGGAGUCGGACUCGGAUCAGGGGAGCAAUUUGGACAACGAGGAUUUCGACUCGGCCGACGAAGAUUGCUUUCUAGAAGGAUUGGAUCCACUUUUAGAUCUGUAAGUAAAUUAAUUGAAUGACUUUAUAUAGCUAAUUUACUAUAUGUAUUUAGUCUGCUUUUUGUGCAUUGGAUUUAGUUUACAAGUAAUAUCAAUGUUCUAUAAUUCCAAAGUAGUAAUCGUCUAUGUUUUCAUAUUAGUUGACUGCUUGCUGUUCUAAGUUUCAUCCGUGUACCUUUGGAGAGGCCACUAAACUCUCAUGGCCAUUGUUUGUAUGUAUUCAACUGCCGUGUGUGUCUGUAUACGAGAAGCCUCAAAGCGAAGGCCAACUGGAGACUGUUUGUGUAAUAAUAUGUAUGAACAGUAAUUAAGGUGUGUGUUGACUCCCGCUACAGUAGCUUUAAAUGACUUGCAGCUUGUAAAGAGGGCGGCAGGUAGCUUAGUGGUUAAGAGCGUUGUGCCAGUAACCGAAAGGUCGCUGGUUCUAAUCCCCGAGCCGACUAGGUGAAAAAUCUGUCGAUGUGCCCUUGAGCAAGGCACUUAACCCUAAUUGCUCCUGUAAGUCGCUCUGGAUAAGAGCGUCUACUAAAAUGUAAAUGUACAAAUGUUUAUUUGUGGUUCUCACCUCUGUCUCCAAAGUGUUACUGUUUGCAUUCUAUGUGAGUCACUGUACAGAUAAAGUUUAGGCUUGGUGUUUUUACUUUACAGUAAUGUCGUUUUGUAAAUGUAGUCAACUGCAAUUCUGUGUCUUACACCAACAUCCCUUUAUUUUAUUCACCACAGUGGAGGAUGCAGAGGAUUUGGAUGAUGACAUUUGAGUCUUACAUUUUAGUCAUUUAUCCUUAUCCAGAGCGAUUUACAGUUAGUGAGUGCAUACAUUUUCAUACUGGCCCCCCGUGGGAAACAAACCCACAACCCUGGCGUUGCAAGCGCCAUGCUCUACCAACUGAGCUACAGGGGACACUGCUAUGUCAAUCACCCGUCUGAUGGUUCUACAUCCACUUUUCAUAGAAAAAGAACAUAGGGGCCAUAAAGACAGCGGAGAGGGGCUUGUCCUCCUAUCAGAAUGGGUUUCCCCAAGACCAAGGUAAACCACAUGACCAAGACAGCGGCGAGGGGGACCAUACAUCAGGACUAACAAGCUGCUUGUUGUGAAAUGGAAGGACACUAGGGAAGUAACCAUGCAGCAUAAGGCAUUCAACGACCAUGUCUCAAGGAGGGUGAAAAGGAAGAAUGUCCCCGUUUCUGUGAAGGACUGCAAUGCCAGCAUGGGGGUGUGUAGACCUAUCUGAUCUCUGAUAGGCUACUACAAGGUCCUCCACAAGACCAGGAAGUGGUAUAAGACUGUUCUACCACUUUGUGGACAUUGCUACAGUAAAUGUGUUCAUUCUCCACAAGCAGAUGACCAAAGCAAAAGGUCAAACCCCUCUCGCCCAGUUGGCCUUCCGAGAGCAGCUGCUGUUGGAAAUGGCUGAAUUGGGGCCCAAGGCAACCUCACAACCAUCACAAGACCCCCCACUCAAGGUGCUAUCCAACACACAUGCCAAAAGACAGAACUGCACAAAACACAGGGGGGGGGGAAAGGGUGAAAUGCCAGAUCUUCUGUCCGAAAUGCCAGUUCGCUUUUUGUUUCCUGGCAGAGAGGGACUGCUUCAAAGACUAUCAGGACAUCCACAAGCUACUGUAAAAGUGAAAUCUAAUCAUCUACACCUGGGAUUUAAAACGAACACAAAUUCCAUUUAUAAAUAGUUCAGCUUAUUUAUAUUUCUGCUCCUUUUUUAGUGAAGGACACGUGUGUAACCAAGUUUGUGUUUUCUAAGACAUUUUUAUAUAUUUUUUAUGUAUAUCUGUUGCUUUUUAUAUUGUUUUUGUAAACAGUUCAUUUGUAUGUGGGACCAAUACAUUGGAUAUGCCUAGGCUAAACGUUCAGGCACUUGGGAGAGGAUGAUAAAACACUUGGAUAUCCCCUGUACGUCCCCCGACACCACCACAAUGUUUGAGAGGUUGGUGUUGUAGAAAUGUAGUUUUUAUAGUGAACAAUAACUUUUAGGCACAUCCAGUGGGCAAAAACAGUGCAAUUACCACAUUCGGACAUUUCAGAGAGGUUGAAAGGACACCACAAUGUUUGAGUGAGGUUAAUAUGGUAGAAAUUGUGUUUUUUAAACUGAACAAAUAGCAUUUAGGGGUUGCAAAUGUGUAAUAGCACUGGAAUUAUCUAGUUUACAGACGUAUGGCACUUUGGAGAGGUUUAGGGACACUUGGAAACGUCCCGUGACCACACCUGACAUCACUUACUAAAACAUCUGCCCGUUUCUAGUUGUUAGGUCUAUCAAUCCCUUUUUUAAUGAUAUUGUUCACAUGUUGUGGAAGCCAUCCGAUGUGUUUCCAGCUCUGGGAAUCAAUAAUUCACUUAUAGCUUGUCACAGAAAGAUGACUUUCAAAAUAGAAAAACUGUUAUUUUGUGUGUGUUUGAUCUUGUGUAUUCUGAUCUAUGUAACUCCUAUCUAUCUUCUGAUCAUUUCGUCAUCAUCUCCCAGAUGUCUUCUUUCCAAAUAUACCAAGUUUUGGCAUGUCAGGAUCAUGUAAUUACGCAUGAAAAGCAGUUACUUUUGGGUAUGUCUAUUUAGGCGGAAAUCUACAUUUUGCCAUUAUGUUUAAGAGGUUAAUAACCAUUUUCUCUCAGCUGACCACCUAUUUGAAAGAAUGGUUUCAGAAAAUACCUCAAGUUCCGCUAGAGAGAGUCCUUUAUUCACCUCUAAACAAAUAGCAGAGAAUGAUGCCCUUCCAGGCAGUACAUUUUUAAAAAAUUCAUUUGAACCAUUUUAUGUCAAUAAUGUACCUUCCAAAAAAUGGAUGUAAAAAAAUCUAUAGGAGCUGAUUUGCUUGAUCCCUUUUUACUGCAGAUUGCUUCUGGUGCUAUCCCUACCGCCCAAUCCCUACGCUCUGGAAUCCCUACCGCCCAAUCCUCUACGCUCUGGGAAUCCCUACCAUCCCAAUCCCUACGCUCUGGAAUCCCUACCGCCCAAUCCCUACGCUCUGGAUCCCUACCGCCCAAUCCCUACGCUCUGGAAACCUUUACCGCCCAUCCCUACGCUCUGAAUCCUACCGACCAAUCCCUACACUCUGGAAUCCCGACCGCCCAAUCCCUACGCUCUGGAAUCCCUACCGUCCAAUCCCUACGCUCUGGAAUCCUACCGCCCAAUCCUACGCUCUGGAAUCCCUACCGCCCCAAUCCCUACGCUCUGGAAUCCCUACCGCCCAAUCCCUACGCUCUGGAAUCCUACCCCAAUCCCUACGCCUGGAAUCCCUACCGCCCAAUCCCUACGCUCUGGAAUCCCUACCGCCCAAUCCCUACGCUCUGGAAUCCCUACCGCCCAAUCCCUACGCUCUGGAACCCUUACCGCCCAAUCCCUACGCUCUGGAAUCCCUACCGCCCAAUCCCUACGCUCUGGAAUCCCUACCGCCCAAUCCCUACGCUCUGGAAUCCCUACCGCCCAAUCCCUACGCUCUGGAAUCCCUACCGCCCAAUCCCUACGCUCUGGAAAUCCCUACCGCCCAAUCCCUACGCUCUGGAAUCCUACCGCCCACUCCCCUACGCUCUGGAAUCCUACCGCCCAAUCCCUACGCUCUGGAAUCCCUACCACCCAAUCCCCCUCUGAAUCCCUACGCUCUGGAAUCCCUACCGCCCAAUCCCUACGCUCUGGAAUCCCUACCGCCCAAUCCCUACGCUCUGGAAUCCCUACCGCCCAAUCCCUACGCUCUGGAAUCCCUACCGCCCAAUCCCUACGCUCUGGAAUCCCUACCGCCCAAUCCCCUACCUCUGGAAUCCCUACCGCCCAAUCCUACGCUCUGGAAUCCUACCGCCCAAUCCCUACGCUCUGGAAUCCUACCGCCCAAUCCCUACGCUCUGGAAUCCCUACCGCCCAAUCCCUACGCUCUGGAAUCCCUACCGCCUCCCCCAAUCCUACGCUCUGGAAUCCCUACCACCCCAAUCCCUACGCUCUGGAAUCCCUACCGCCAAUCCCUACGCUCUGGAAUCCCUACCACCCAAUCCCUACGCUCUGGAAUCCCUACGCUCUGGAAUCCCUACCGCCCAAUCCCUACGCUCUGGAAUCCCUACCGCCCAAUCCCUACGCUCUGGAAUCCCUACCGCCCAAUCCCUACACUCUGGAAUCCCUACCGCCCAAUCCCUACGCUCUGGAAUCCCUACCACCCAAUCCCUACGCUCUGGAAUCCCUACGCUCUGGAAUCCCUACCGCCCAAUCCCUACGCUCUGGAAUCCCUACCGCCCAAUCCCUACGCUCUGGAACCCUUACCGCCCAAUCCCUACGCUCUGGAAUUCCUACCGCCCAAUCCCUACGCUCUGGAAUCCCUACUGCCCAAUCCCUACGCUCUGGAAUCCCUACCACCCAAUCCCUAAACUCUGGAAGGUGGCGAAUGUCCUCCCAAUUUACAAAAGGUGGAGAUCCUUCUGACCUAGAUAACUACCGCCCAAUUUCUAAACUAUCUUGCCUUGCAAACAUAUUAGAAUCAACUCUCAGCUAAUAACUUUUUAAACUUCAAAUUGUAUUCUUAAUGUGUACCAGUCUGGUUAUAGACCUGGACCUGGCACCGUUUCAGCAGUCUUAAAUGAUAUAUUACACUGAACAAAAAUGUAAACGCAACAUGUAAAGUCUUGCUUACAUGUUUCAUGAGCUGAAAUAAAAGAUCCCAGAAAUGUUCCAGACGCACAGAAAGCUUAUUUUUCUCACAAAUUUGUUUACAUCCCUGUUAGUGAACAUUUCUCCUUUGCCAAGAUAAUCCACCCACCUAACAGGUGUGGCAUAUCAACUAGCUGAUUGAACAGCAUGAUCAUUACACAGCUGCACCUUGUGCUGCACUCUUAGACAAAAGGAUUCCAGAAGGGUUCUUUGGCUGUCCCCACAGGAGAACCCUUUUGGAUUCCAUGUAGAACCCUCUGUGGAAAGGGUUCUACAUGGAACAAGCCCAGGACCUCCACAUCCGGCUUCUUCACCUGCGGGAUCGUCUGAGACCAGCCGCCCGGACAGCUGAUGAAACUGUGGGUUUGUACAACCGAAGGAUUUCUGCACAAACUGUCAGAAACCGUCUCAGGGAAGCUCAUCUGCGUGCUCGUCGUCCUCACCAGGGUCUUGACCUGACUGCAGUUCGGCGUCGUAACCGACUUCAGUGGGCAACUGCUCACCUUCGAUGGCCACUGGCACGCUGGAGAAGUGUGCUCUUCACGGAUGAAACCCGGUUUCAACUGUACCGGGCAGAUGGCAGACAUGACGUCGUGUGGGCGAGUGGUUUGCUGAUGUCAACGUUGUGAACAGAGUGCCCCAUGGUGGCACCGGGGUUAUGGUAUGGGCAGGCGUCAGCUACGGACAAUGAACACAAUUGCAUUUUAUCGAUGGCAAUUUGAAUGCACAGAGAUACUGUGAUGAGAACCAAAGGCCCAUUGUCAUGCCAUUCAUCCGCCGCCAUCACCUCAUGUUUCAGCAUGAUAAUGCACUGCACUAUGUCACAAGGAUCUGUACACAAUUCCUGGAAGCUGAAAAUUUCCCAGUUCUUCCAUUGCCUGCAUACUCACCAGACAUGUCACCUGUUAACCAUGUUUGGGAUGCUCUGGAUCGACGUGUACGACAGCGUGUUCCAGUUCCCGCCAAUAUCCAGCAACUUGGCACAGCCAUUGAAGAGGAGUGGGACAACAUUCCACAGGCCACAAUCAACAGCCUGAUCAACUCUAUGCAAAGGAGAUGUGUCACGUUGCAUGAGGCAAAUGGUGGUCACACCAGAUACCUUUAAAAUAAAAAGUCAGUAUCUGUGACCAACAGAUGCAUAUCUGUAUUCCCAGUCAUAUGAAAUCCAUUGAUUAGGGCCUAAUUAAUUUAUUAAUUGCUUAGAUCACUGUGCUGACAUAUUUAUAGACCUAUCCAAGGCCUUUGAUGCUGUCGUUCUUCCUUGAUUGGUCAUGAUUUGGAAAGGCACACACCUGUCUAUAUAAGGUCCCACAGUUGACAGUGUAUGUCAGAGCAAACAACCAAGCCAUGAGGUCGAAGGAAUUGUCCUUAGAGCGCAGAGACAGGAUUGUGUCGAGGCACAGAUCUGGGGAAGGGUACCAAAAAAUGUCUGCAGCAUUGAAGGUCCCCAAGAACACAGUGGCCUCCAUCAUUCUUAAAUGGAAGAAGUUUGGAACCACCAAGACGCUUCCUAGAGCUGGCCGCCUGGCCAAACUGAGAAAUCGGAGAAGGGCCUUGGUCAGGGACAAGAACCUGAUGGUCACUCAGACAGAGCUUCAGAGUUCCUCUGUGGAGAUGGGAGAACCUUCCAGAAGGACAACCAUCUCUGCAAACCCUUCCAUUACAAUGAUAGACUGAUCAUUUCUUUGUCAGUGGGCAAACGUACAAAAUCAGCAGGGGAUCAAAUACUUUUUUCCCUCACUGUAGGUGUCACGUCUCCUCCCGUUGCUCCCCUCCGGCGCUCUGAUUCGCCGGUCUACUGAGCCACCGGUCUGAGCGCACCACCUCAGCAACACCGGAAUGGAAACCCAACGCACCCUAAUCACCUCCAGCGCACCUGCACCUCAUCAUCUCAUCACCACCCCUAUUUAGCCCUGGACUGUUCUGGAUGAUGUUGUGUGUGAUUGUUUAGCUUCGUGUCGUUUACUCUCUCUUUGUUAUUUCUCGUUGUCAUUAUUAAGGAAACCUUGACCUUGUUAAUUCCUGCGUCUGCGUCCUACCUCUUCGUAUCUCAGUAUUCGUCACAGUAGGCUGUGUGUGGAAGCCAGGAGAUGCUAAAUGUGUUUGUUAAUUAACGGUCAAUUACCGUGAGACUGGCAGUUAUUUGCUUGACAAUCACCGGCUGACAAAAUGUAAUGACUGCCACGCCCUCUCUCUCACUAUAACCCCUCCUUUCUCUACUCCUCUCUCUAGGAGCCAAGGCCAUCCUCCAAGAGUUCCCAGACAUCACCCUGCUCACCACAGAGCUGCACCCCGUCGCCCCCACACACUUUGGACAGAAGUACUUCGGCACAGAAUGA